AUGAAACGUGAUGACAACGUGGUCAUCAUGCUUUCGAGCACAACACGGAAUAAGAGAUUAGAGAUAAGGAUGCCAAGUGUAGAGAAGAGAUGUAUUGGAGGAGACGCUUCUGGAAUUGAGGAGGAAUGUGUUGUCAUUGAGAAGACUAAAUUGAGUUUCCAUGGAGAACUCGAGGACUGUAAGUGCGCUCUAUUGGCAAUAAAUCGGAUAUCGGAAAUCGGAAUUCCAGUGGAUUCCAUUAGACAAAAACUACAAAACGUUCGUCACAUUGAAAGUGGAGUGGAGGUGGUUGGCACGAAUCUGGCAGUUUUCGAUUUGUUGGAUCAUGUGGAGGAGAUUAGGAAUCCAGAUGGUUAUGCAUUGGAAUUCAGAAAUAAUAAGAAUUUGAAUAGAAUUCGAAUGAAUGAGUUGAGAGUUUUGGAUGGAAAACAGGAGGAUGUUCUAUUCGAAAACGAUCAUUUUAUAGAGGAAAUUCAUGGGAAUUCUGAUUCUUUUUCCGACUUUCUCCAUCUGGAAUCAAUUGCUCGUGCUUCUCAUAAAAACGAAGAAUGUUCUCCAGAAUUCGUUAAAAUUAUAACUUCGGAGGCAUCUGAAUACGGAUGGGAUCUCUAUGCUCUUAUCGUUUCGUGUGCCGUUUUGGCAGUCAUUGUCACUGUGCAAACGUUCUAUUUGUUGAAAGGGAAGGGGAAGAAUCGGAAGAAUAAGAUGAGGUCGAAAGGAAGAAAGAAGCAUAAGAAGGCUAGAGGGAAUAGUGAAAGAAGUGAAAAGGACGAAGAAUAA